CCUUCUCUGUACUUGAGCUGACUUCAGAGUGCUGGCAUGAAGCAGGAACACUAAAUGGUCCUUUCAGAUUACCUCUCUCUGUUUCAGUAUCUGCAACAAUCUCCAGGAUGGAACACCAGACAGUUCUGGAGCGGGGAAUGGGGAAUUCCAGAAGGAGAUACGAUGAUGAUGAGGAAGAAGUUCGAAACGCAAUCUACAUUGGGAUCCCCGCGCCCCAUGGCUACAGGAGAAAGCGGCGGCGAAGAAAGUUCUCAACAAGCCACAAGAAACCCAACGAGGAGGAAUGGCAUCCGAAGAGGCAAGAGAGAUCCGACACGGAUGAAGGAGGUGCCAGGGCAGCCACUUCUUCAGACAGCAUUAACGUUACCAUUUCCCCAGCUGCUGAGCGCCUGCGGUACAUCCUUGGAGAAGAAGACGAUGGGCCAACUCCGACCUUGUUCACUGAGAUGGACACCCUGCAACAUGACGGAGAUGAGUUGGAAUGGAAGGAGUCUGCCAGAUGGGUGAAGUUUGAAGAGAAGGUUGAAGAAGGAGGGGAGCGAUGGAGUAAGCCUCAUGUCUCCACGUUAUCGCUGCACAGUUUGUUUGAGCUGCGGACAUGCCUGCAGACCGAAACUGUGCUGCUAGACUUGGAUGGAUAUUCCUUACCACAGAUCAUAGAUGAUAUAAUUGACAAACAGAUUGAAGAUGGACUUAUUAAACCAGAUGUCCGGGAACAGAUUUCAUUCAUCCUCCUGAGAAAGCAUCGCCACCAAACCAAGAAACCCAUCCAUCGUUCCCUGGUUGACAUCGGAAAGUCAUCCACAGCUUCAUCAGCUCGCAGCCCCAACCGAUCUGCUGGCAUUGGGGCGAGCUUUUAUCGUUCCACUGAAGACCUGGGAAUGAGACAGUUUUCCGGUUAUGGACGGCUACGACAUGCUCAAAGUCGAAGCAUGAAUGAUAUUGCAGACACACCCAGCACCGACCAGCUCAAGAACAAAUUUAAGAAGAAGAUACCUCGCGAUUCCGAAGCCUCGAACAUCCUCGUGGGAGAAGUGGACUUCCUGGAAAAGCCUUUCGUCGCUUUUGUCCGUCUCCUGCAGCCAACAAUGCUGGGUGGACUGACCGAGGUGGCUGUGCCAACAAGGUUUAUUUUUAUCCUUUUGGGACCUCAAGGAAAAGGCAAAUCUUACAGUGAGAUUGGAAGAGCCAUGGCCACACUGAUGGUGGAUGAUCUGUUCAGUGACGUGGCCUACAAAGCGAGGGACAGGGAUGACUUGAUUGCCGGCAUCGACGAAUUCCUCGACGAGGUAAUUGUUCUUCCUCCUGGUGAGUGGGACCCCAAGAUCAGGAUCGAGCCUCCCAAGAAAGUGACGCCAGCCGAGAAAAGGAAGUCCAUCUACUCUCUCAGUGAGGCAGGGCAGAUGAAUGGAUCAGCGGGAUGUGGUGGAGUGAGUGAUGACGAGGAGAUGCCGGCGCCACAUGAGCUUGGGGAAGAGCUGACCUGGACAGGGAGGUUCUGUGGAGGCCUACGGCUCGACAUCAAGAGGAAGCUUCCUUGGCUGCCCAGUGACUUCUAUGAGGGUUUCCACAUCCAGUCCAUCUCCACCAUUCUCUUCAUCUACCUGGGCUGCAUUACCAAUGCCAUCACCUUCGGUGGUUUACUGGGCGACGCGACCGACAAUUACCAGGGGGUGAUCGAGAGUUUCCUGGGCACUGCUUUUACCGGCGCCGUCUUCUGUCUCUUCGCUGGGCAGCCCCUCACUAUCCUGAGCAGCACGGGCCCCAUCCUCAUCUUUGAAAAGCUCCUGUUUGACUUCAGCAAAAGUAACGAUAUAGACUACCUAGAAUUUCGGCUCUGGAUUGGCCUCCAUUCUGCUUUUCAGUGCCUCCUUCUAGUUGCCACGGACGCCAGUUUCAUCAUUAAGUACAUCACGCGUUUUACGGAGGAGGGCUUCUCCAUGCUCAUCAGCUUCAUUUUUAUCUAUGAUGCCAUUAAGAAGAUGAUCGGAGCCUUCAAGUACUACCCCAUCAACUCCUUGUACAAGCCUGACUACGUGACCAUGUACAAGUGUGAGUGUGUGGCACCAGACGCAGUGAAUACAACCUUCUUCAAUGCUUCAGAUUCACUGGCUUUGAACAGCACUAAUAUUUCUUUGUACAAUGUUGUCAAUACCACAGCCCUGGACUGGAGUCAGCUCAGCAAGAAGGAGUGCCUCAAGUAUGGUGGGAGUUUGGUUGGAAAGUCCUGCAAGUAUGUCCCAGACCUGGCCCUAAUGUCUUUCAUCCUCUUCUUCGGCACCUACUCUCUGACUGUGACCCUCAAAAAGUUCAAGUUUAGCCGCUAUUUUCCAACCAAGAUCCGAAGCCUGAUCACUGAUUUUUCCACGGUCAUCUCCAUUCUUGUUUUCUGUGGCAUCGAUGCUGUGGUCGGACUGGAAACCCCCAAACUGCAUGUGCCCAACAGAAUCAAGCCAACACGAGCAGACCGGGGGUGGUUUGUUAUCCCCUUCGGGAAAAAUCCGUGGUGGGUCUACCUGGCCAGUGCUCUUCCGGCCCUCCUUGUCACCAUCCUGAUCUUCAUGGACCAGCAGAUCACAGGAGUGAUUGUGAACAGGAAGGAGCAUAAGCUGAGGAAAGGAGCCGGUUACCAUCUGGAUCUGUUCUGGGUUGGUCUCCUGGUAGCAGUUUGCUCCUUCAUGGGCCUCCCAUGGUACGUAGCAGCCACUGUCAUUUCCAUCGCACACAUUGACGGCUUAAAGAUGGAAACUGAAACGAGCGCACCCGGAGAACAGCCACAGUUUCUUGGGGUCAGGGAGCAAAGGCUGACUGGUCUUGUUGUGUUCAUUCUCACAGGAGUCUCUGUCUUCCUGGCUCCAAUUCUGAAGUACAUUCCAAUGGCAGUUCUAUAUGGAGUCUUCCUUUAUAUGGGUGUGGCCUCUUUAAAUGGUAUUCAGUUCUGGGAUCGAUGCAAACUGUUCCUCAUGCCGUCCAAGCACCAGCCUGAUUACAUCUACCUUCGCCACGUGCCCCUUCGACGGGUCCACUUAUUCACCACGGUGCAGAUCAUCUGCUUGGCCAUCCUCUGGGUCCUAAAGUCGACUGUGGCUGCCAUCAUUUUCCCCAUUAUGAUCCUUGCUCUCAUCCUCGUGAGAAAGAUGCUGGAUCUUGUCUUCUCCCAGCACGACCUCGCUUGGUUAGAUGACAUCUUACCGGAGAAAGACAAGAAGAAAGAAGAAGACAAGAAGAAAAAAAAGUUGAAGAGCAAAGACCAGGUCGGAGACGGCGUUGAUGAGGAGAAAGGUCCCCCAAUUGGAGCUGUACAUGCUGAAGCAUCACCAAGCAACUCUGAUUCACUCGACCGCAGCAUAACUUUACACCUCAAGAUUUCCUGCCCAUCCUCUCCUGCUUUCAGCUACUCGCGGAAUGCCACUUGCUCAGUUCCACAGUUUAAGAUAGAAAUGGAGUCUGAUUAUGAAGAUGUAAACGCAGAAAAGGCUUGGAGAGACCAGGGCGGCGAAACCACUUUGUAGCUUGUCCAGCUGCGGCUUCAGCCUUGCAACAGGUCCUACUGGGGAGACUUUGCUAGCACUCGGACCUCGCGUUCUGCUGACGAGCUGACAGCAUUUGUGUGUGUUAACCCUCCCGAGAACCGCACUUUGUCCAGAUCCGAGUGUUUACUGCAAGCGAAGACUUCAAUACGUCUAUGCCGUGCUUUAAAUGUGCUGUGUAAAAUAUGCUUUAAAGGACAAAGACAUUAUUAUUAAAAGUUUAGUAAACAACAGGUAGUGCCGAUCAGAUGAGAUUGCAACAUAUUACAAGACAUUCCAGGAAUUAGGAAGUUGCUUUGAAGCAAUUGUAAGUUCACUUUCGACGUUUAACGAUGUUAUAAAGUGGUUGAUCCAAGACUUAUGUAUAUGAAUCCUUUGCCAUCGUUUUGCCUAUCUUUCCUUCGUGAGUUCCAUACUGUUGAAAGCGGGUUUUGCUCCGUUCCUGUCUGCAGGGUUUAUUUUGAUGGUGAGAGCAACUUUCUGCUUUUACGAAAAUGUGUUUUUUGAAUUAUUUUGCACUUUGCGCAGUGUAGGCAUAAGUUAGACGGUGUAAGAUGGGUAGCUGUUAACUAUCUGAUUGAUUUUAAUGUAAAAACCUUAAAAGUUC